AUGGCAUCAAGAUCAGGCGUUCUGCUUUUAUCUGCCUCAGUCGCUUGGGCUGCGUGCCCCAAUGGCGGUGUGGAGAAUCACGGGCGCUGCUGGUAUCUAGGAGCUGAAGGUGCAACAUGCGGCCAGACUUGCGCUGCACAGGGGCUAGCUUAUGACCAUUUCGUAGCAGCAGAUGCUACGCCGAUGGUGCCCUCUCUUUUGGGGCGUGCCCCACGAACAAAGCAGUUUCCAUGGGGGAGAAUCGAAUGUUAUGUUCCCAGUGCUGACCGUUAUCACACGGCGAAGCCCACGCAGAGCGCUGACACCGGUGAUAAUGGAGCUCCACAGGACUGGUCUGUGAGCAUAUGUCGCCUUUCCUGCGCCUGUGCGGGUAGUUCUGCAGCUGCAGUCGGUUAUCCGGGUUGUACGCAGCCGAGCGUGGUUUUGCGACAUGCCGGCGCGCACGCAAUCUUUGCCGAUGUUAGCGUGUUUGGAGCAGCAGGCUGUUGGCAGAACGACUGCAAGAACUCCGACAAGUUUAUCGCAGACUCUCCGGUCCUUUGCGCACGCACCUGUUCCGAGCUGGGCGACUGCACACAUUGGACGUUUGGUGAACAGGACGGUGCACAGAAGUGCUUCUUUCGCAAAUCGGAUGGUGGUCGCGAAGUCCUCGAAGGUUGGUCCUCAGGCACAAAGGCAUGUGCUCCGCCCUCGCUUCCUGAAGCUUUCCAGGCGUUGAAGGCGGCAGACUUGUUGAAGCGCUGCGAUGCUGGCCUGUCUGAUGCAUGUCCGGACAUGGCGAAAGCCGUGAACACAUGGCAGUUUGCCAUCAGAAAUCUGAAGAAGGCUGCUGGAUCCAAGCUAGAUGCAGGGACCCUUCAGUAUGUCAAUCAAAUCGAGGCUGACACCACCGCCUUUGCGGCACAGAUGAGUGAUCAAAACUUUCCUUUGAUCAUGGCCAACAAUCGGCAGGUCUUCCAAGCGCUCCAGUCUUGGAUGGAGAGUCAACCGAAGGCCUCGGUGCCAGUCAGCUUGACGAGAUGUUCAGUGAUGUCUGGCAGGUGGAUACUCACCGUUUUCACCCAGCCUCUCUGCUUUGACGCGGCUGCCCGUGUUUGGGACCUGAUCGUUUGCGAUGGCCUGCAGGCCGUCGUAUUGAUCGCCUUGGGUGUUGUCAAGCUGUGGAGAUCGAGGCUCCUGCAAGAAGAUACAGAAGGCAUCCUCGAAAUGCUAAGCAUGCGCGAUGGUGAGCCACUUGCUGGAGGCGACAUUGUCAAGGCAGCACUGGCCCUUGAAGUGCAAAUCGCGCCCGGCAGCAUCAGCGAUGGGACCGGCGUGAGGCCAAGCAAACUCUUUGCCGAGUGGGAGACUGCAUGUCCAGCUGAAGUCGAAGACUUCAGGAGGGCAGAAGCUGAGAUUUGCGCCAGCAAGGAUGACUGGUAUCAGUCAGAGUCUCAAGAUUCUGAUGCCGUCGUUAGCAUCGGCGAGGGUGGAUGGUGCGAUGAGGGUGCCGAAAGAGGUGUCACCGGAGCGACGAGGUCCGACCAGCGCUGCACGAGCAUAGCCCCGGUGUGCUCCGAAAUGCAGGCCCAGGAUCAAGUCUCGCCAGCUGCAAGCGAGUCAGGACCACCUGAUGCCGAAGGAGGACAGGUUGUCUCGCACCCAAUCGCAGCCGAGGCCAAGGUCGCCGUGAACCCGUCUAUGCCUGUGCGAAAGCCAUCCAGGUCUACGGCUGGAUCGAGAAACGGCGGCAAGCGUGCCGAGGGCGAUCGAGGCCGAGCACCAGGAAAUCCAAAGCGCUCCUCCUCGUUGGGAUGUUUGGUUGGACCACUGCAGUCUGGAGGGCCGCUCAUGUGCGAAGAGGAUCCCCUCUACAGCUCGCCCAAGUACGCCGGUCACCGUCGAAUGCCGGGCAAUCCAGGUCGUGAGAAUGGAGCUCGCACGCUCAAGGCCUCUGGAUCUCCCCCAGCACCUGCUCCAGAUAUUCGACGUGGAAACAGAUCUGCGCCUUCCAGAUCUUCAAGCAACCAAUCUUGGACGUCCAGCUCUGCUGGAAGAAGCCGAGGUGGACUUGAUCUUGAGGUUGCCGAUGAGCAUCGAGGACUGGAAUGCAAAGCAAUUCCUGUUGCGCGGAAAUCUCGCACAUCCCCUCUGAAUUCCAACAAACUGCCACCCUCUCCAGCGAUGAGUUCUCGCGAGAUUCUGGAGGAUCUUUCAAUGCACGGCCGCACCUGGCCGGAGCAGAUGGCAGGCCUGGUCGGCGGCAAGAAGGCCAGCGACACUCCAGCUUCUCCCACGCAGCGCCUUCCGUUCACCAGAACCAGGUCAAGAAACGAUCGGGAAGAGCUUGAGCCACCACCAUCAGCAAGGAUCGACACCUCGGAGCAGAGCAGUGCCAACAAAUCGCCGCAAAUCUCAGAGGAUCGCAGGGUUCGCAGCUUGUCUCCGCGAGCGGGAGAUCGCAGUCAAUCUCCCCUUGAUGCGGGCAGGAUGCGGCCUCCAGGGGACCCGAGAUCGAGCGGCCUCCAGGCGCCUGGAUGGCCAGAGAGCCGCGAUCUUAGACGCGGUUGCGCGGCCCCGAAAUCAUGUCCUAAUUAUUGGGCCACCGAGGUGACAGGGUGCAUCUCCAGGCGGGUGCCUCAUUGUGUGGGCUACAGUUUAAUGCAACCAGCAAUCGCACGGUGA